CGUGAAGACCAGACGAUUUGAAAACACGCUCCGGGAGCGAGAGUCUGAGGCCGGUGGCGCACGCUGUCAGCCCGUGGGGCUCGCUUCGGACGUUCUCCGUCUCGGCUUCCACGCCCCGGUUCCGGCCGGGCUCUCAGCAAUCAAGAAUGACCAAAAAAAGAAAACGCCAAGAUGAUUUUCAAAAAGUAAAACUAAAAGUUGGUAAAAAGAAACCUAAGUUAGAAAAUGCUACUGAUACAAACUUUAAAACGAAGACUAUACAUCUACCUGAGCAACUCAAAGAGGACGGAACACUCCCAACAAACAAUAGAAAACUCAACAUAAAGGAUUUGUUGUCACAGAUGCAUCACUACAAUGCUGGGGUUAAACAAAGUGCUCUUCUUGGACUUAAAGACCUUUUGUCUCAGUACCCAUUUAUAAUUGAUGCACACCUUUCAAACAUAUUAAGUGAAGUGACUGCUGUGUUUACAGAUAAAGAUGCUAAUGUACGUUUAGCAGCAGUUCAACUUCUUCAAUUCCUGGCCCCCAAAAUACGAGCUGAACAAAUUUCUCCAUUUUUUCCUUUGGUAAGUGCCCAUCUCUCUAGUGCCAUGACUCACAUUACUGAAGGAAUUCAGGAGGACUCUUUGAAAGUUUUGGACGUUCUGCUGGAACAGUACCCAGCUCUAAUUACGGACCGUAGCAGUAUAUUGCUUAAGAAUUUUGUAGAACUUAUUUCUCAUCAGCAGCUGUCCAAAGGACUGAUAAAUAGAGACAGAUCCCAAUCCUGGAUACUUUCUGUAAAUCCUAAUCGGAGACUCACUUCUCAGCAAUGGAGGCUGAAAGUUUUAGUGAGACUCAGUAAAUUCCUUCAGGCCUUGGCAGAUGGAUCCAGUAGGUUGAGAGAAAGUGAAGGACUUCAGGAACAAAAAGAAAAUCCCCAUGCCACUAGCAACUCCAUUUUUAUCAACUGGAAGGAACAUGCCAACGACCAGCAGCACAUCCAGGUUUAUGAAAAUGGGGGUUCACAGCCAAAUGUCAGUUCACAGUUCAGGCUACGGUACCUGGUUGGAGGACUAGGUGGUGUGGAUGAGGGUCUGUCAUCUACUGAAAAUCUGAAAGGAUUUAUUGAGAUAAUAAUACCAUUGCUAAUUGAGUGCUGGAUUGAAGCCGUGCCUCCACAACUAGCUGCUUCUGUUGGAAGUGGUGUAGAACGAGAAUCUCUUCAGGUUAUGCAGCAAGUCCUUAAUAUUAUUUCCAUUCUCUGGAAACUCUCUAAACAACAUGAUGAAACCCAUAAAUUGGAGUCGUGGCUUCGAAGGAAUUACCUUGUUGAUUUUAAACACCAUUUUAUGAGUCAUUUUCCUUAUGCCUUACAAGAAAUAACCAAGCACAAAAGGAAAGAGACAAAUAAAAGCAUCAAGCAUUGCACGAUUCUCUCAAAUAACGUAGAUCAUCUCUUACUGAAUUUAACACUGUCUGAUAUCAUGGUCUCCCUGGCAAAUGCCUCAACUUUGCAGAAGGAUUCCAGUUGGAUAGAAAUGAUAAGGAAAUUUGUAACAGAGACUCUUGAAGAUGGCUCUAAGCUAAAUAGUAAGCAGCUGAACAGAUUGCUUGGGGUGUCGUGGAGGUUAAUGCAGAUACAGCCAAACAGAGAGGCUACGGAGACUCUAAUCAAGGCAGUUUAUACUUUGUAUCAGCAGAGGGGCCUUCUCUUGCCAGUUCGGACUUUGUUACUGAAGUUUUUCAGUAAAAUCUAUCAAAAAGAAGAAUUGAGAACUUACAGAGUCAGAUAUCGUAGUAAAGUGCUAUCCCGAUGGCUGGCUGGUUUACCAUUGCAACUUGCUCAUCUUGGUUCCCGAAAUCCUGAGCUCUCAACACAGCUUAUUGAUAUCAUUCAUACUGCUGCAGCACGAGCAAAUAAAGAAUUACUAAAAAGUUUACAAGCUAAUGCUCUCCGAAUCUAUGAUCCACAAGAAGGCACUGUGGUGGUUCUUCCAGCAGAGUCUCAGCAACGUCUGGUUCAACUCGUCUAUUUUCUACCCAGCUUGCCUGCUGAUUUGCUUUCUCGUUUAAGUCGUUGCUGUAUUAUGGGAAGGCUUAGUUCAAGUUUGGCUGCCAUGCUUAUUGGGAUACUGCACAUGAGAUCAUCAUUUUCUGGAUGGAAGUAUCCAGUUAAAGACAGGUUAAUGAGUGAUGUGGACUAUUUCAGCUUCUUAUUUUCAACACUUACAGGGUUUUCAAAAGAAGAGCUGACUUGGCUUCAGAGCCUUCGAGGAGUUCCUCAUGUCAUCCAGACACAGCUUUCCCCUGUGCUUCUCUACCUUACGGAUUUGGAUCAAUUUUUACAUCAUUGGGAUGUAACAGAGGCAGUUUGUCACAGUUUAUUAGUUAUCCCAGCUCGAAGCCAGAGCUUUGACGUCUUGCAAAGUGCCAUCAGUAAGCAUUUGAGGAACAUCCUGCUUUGACUUUAUGUGGCUGGACUGGACAAAAUUUAGUGUAUGUAAUACUUGUUUGUUUAAAGUGCCGAGUUUUAAAGAAGGUAUUGAAAGUGUUGGUAUGGCCAGGACCCUGUGUAUCUCAAGAUGACAAUCACAAGGAGGGUCGUGGGUAAUUAAAAUUCUUUUUUGGGCUACUCCAUCCCCUACUGUAGAAGGUGUUUGUGAGAUUACACAUAAUGAGAAUGCCAGUCAGAUUACCAGGAGCCUUUUAAUUUUACAAAUGCUGGCCUGAAGAUUAGGUUUCAUCUUGUACCUUGAACAUAUUGUUCUGUUGUCUUCUGGGCUCAUUGUUGGUAAUAAAAUGUCUGCUGUUCACCUGAGUCCUUUUGGUUUGAAGGUAGUAAUAUAUUCUGUUUUUACUGUUUGAUCUUUAUCCUUUGGUGUUGCCGUCAGAAUCUUAGUGUAGAUUUGUUAUUUAUCCUGCUUGAAACUUAGUGUGUGCCUUUUUCUGAGGAGUUAAUAUUUUUUCUUCAGGUCUGGAAGGUUCUCAGUUAUUAUUUAUUGAGUUACUCAGUUACUUGUAUCUCCUCCAUUGUUUGUUUUCUCCUUCUAAAACUCUUCCUUAACCAUAUGGAGCUUCUCGUCCUGUCUUAUUUCUUAACAUCCUCGAGUUUACUAAUUCUUUUGUAACGCCUAUUGAGAAUUUUAUAAACCAUAGUAUUAUUUUUUCUUUUAUCGCUGUUGGAUUUUUACUUGGCUGUCAGUCUUGUUCUUGAUUUACUGGUGUUACUUUAAACUUUCUGUCAGUUCUGUUAGCUUUUUUCUUCUCUGGUGUGGAAAUUCUGCCUUAUUUUGGGGAGCAGGUGGGUCUCUGGAGAUUGUCUUUCAUUGGGUUGAACUAACUCAUGUUUUGGGUUGUAUAACUUUUCUCUGAGUGUGUCUUCUGUGGGAAUUCUGUGGAGGUGUGUGGAGACUCCCUGUGGAACGGUUUCACAUCUGCAUUUUCCUGGCUUCCGCUAUAUCCAGGGAGCUCAGUUCUAGCUCCCAGUCCCCACGCAUGGGGCUUGAAGCCUCAACUUCAACACUAUUGGCUAUUUAAAACCCCAGCCCUAAAAACUCAUAUCUAGUUCUGUACCCCUGUUGGGUGUAUUUACGUGAGUUCUGUCAUAGUUUUGGUAUGUAGAGGUUUGACCCCUUCUGGCUUUGGAAUUUUUUUUUUUUAAUGUAUUUUAUCUGCAUUUCUUUUUGUUUGGAGUAGAAGGGGAGGGUGGUAUUCUCUGACGAGAAGAUAUCACUAGUUUGUGGACGUUAUCUGAACUCUUCGGAAAAUUGCCUGCAAAAUGUUGAACUUUAGUUUCUUUAAAGUGGUAUAUGCCUUUAAAAAGGUUUAGAACUGUUGCUUUAUGUUGAGCUGAAAUCUCAGCUUCAUUUGGUUCCAGUUCUGUCCUUCAUAUACUUUAUAGACUAAGUAAAAUUGUUCUUAUAGACUAAGUAAAAUUGUUCUUAUAACUGACAGUUCUUAGAAGACCCUAAGAAUGCUGUCACUGUUCUUCAUGUGACAUUGCUUCCAUCUGUUGGCACUGAUGUCUCCUCUGUAUUUCUCUCUGGCUUGACCGUUUUAAUUGAGGCGUUUGAAGAAUAGAAUUCUAAGCUUUAUAUUUGAUGUGAGAUAGAAACCAGCAGCUCUUUUAGCAGAGUUUUGAUCAGGAAUCACUUGAAAUCUACUCAGAUUAACUAAAGAGAAAAUUAAUCAAUUGGACCCUUGUAAGAGUAACUUGUAAAAUCCAAGGGCUAGGAGUGUGGCUGGGCUCCAUUAGGAACUGGAAUUAGGGAUCAGACGGCAGGAACCAUAGCAGUUACUGUCUCCAUUGUUUGCUUUCUCUCCUGGAUUGUGUGGUCUUGUAUCUCUGCGUGUUUGUCUCAUUAUUGGCUGUAUCUACAGUCUAGCUUUCUAUCCUCCCCUUGCACACGGCUACCCCAGCCUGGCUCUGCAUUAGUCAAGAGACUGAAUAAAGUGUCUGCAGAUAGGAGAAUCUGGUUGGCGUGGAAUGGAUUCAGUGUCCACCUUUGAUGCGAUUGCUGUAUGUGGUAUUUGGGAGGUGGUGGGCGUAUAGUGAAAGAGCUGCUCCCUCUAGGUCUGGAGGUAGAUUUCUUUUAGAAAGAUUUGGGGACUGGGAGGAUUAUGCACUCCUGGUACAGAAAUUUGCAGACUAAGGACACAGACUCUCCCUUCAGAUGAAUAUUGCUUUGUUUAAUUGACACUCUUCUAGAAUGUGAUUAUGUCAGAUACAAGUCCACCCAUCUCUACUGUAAACACUUUUGGACCUGUUCUGUAAAUGUACCAAGAGAAUGCUGCUUACCCAAGUUUGGAUUUACUAUCUCUGGAUUUCCAUGACCUUAGUCAUAGGGAUGGUACCCUUAUUGACUACUUUCUAAAAACCAUUUAGGCUCUUGGUAAGCACAUCUCUCUCUGCAAAUCUGCCCUGUUCUGAGAAAUUGAAGAGGCUCAGAAUCAAGUUCAUAGGCUUAGAGUUUCAUGAUUUUUUUUUCUUCCUUUUUUUACAAGCGGGGGAUAUUCUUACUUUCCGAUGUCUUUGGUGUUAUAUAGUAGACAGUUAAAUAAUGUCCAGUGAUGGAUAGCAGAGGAUAUGCAUGUGUAGAUCAUUCUAUUCUCUGGCUAAUUCUUUUGUUAUGUAUGAUCACUAGGGCUUCAAGAAUGUGUUGCUAAGCCUGGGAAAGUGCCGGUCACUAGGCUUCCUAGACUCCAUAGAAUAGGGGAAGUUGGCUAAUUUCAGUGGAUUUGUUUAUUUAGUUUUGAUGACACCCGGUUCUUAUUAGUGUAGUUUGUGGCAUUUUACUUAAAAACACCAUAUUUCUUAAAAGGACAUUUUCAGUUUGGGGAAGUGGGGAGGAAAGGGCACUUUUCCUGUCUAUGCUGGGCUCACUGACUCUUUCCAUUUCUGC